GAUACGAUCGUACCGAUCGAUAAUUUCACAUUUCUUUGUAUCGAUUAUAUCGAUACCACACGAAUGGUGACAGAAUCUGUUUGUUUUUGUUAUCAAAGAGUUUAUAACCGCUUCGCUUGAUAUAGCUUAGAACAUUCUAAGAAGAUUCUUUGAUUUGAUGUCUUCUGGGUAAUUUAUUAGGAAUUCUCGAUUAUUUAACAAAUAUCUGACUGAUUGACUAUUUUGGCUAAAUUAUUCCGCGAGUCCAUGACGAAGAGGCUGAGAAUUGGUACAUAUAGUGGUAGGCUUUAGAAAACAAGUUUUUGAAAAUAUAAACUAUUGAUUCUUGGUCCAAGUUCAAGGUUUUUGUUUACUUCGGAGAAGAUGGUUCUUAUAAGUAAUGAAAUCUCAAAAAGAAACUUAUAUGACAGAGUCAAGAAAUUAUUAGUGUCAUAUGAAUGGAGCGACUGCAGGUUUUCUGUGUCUGGGAAAGACUUUAAGGCCCAUAAACUCAUUCUUGGUAUCAGCAGUCCUGUAUUUGAAGCUAUGUUUUAUGGACCACUCUCCACUGACCAUGAUGUUGUCAUAACAGAUAUUGAACCUGGUAUAUUUCAGUUACUUCUGAACUACAUUUAUACUGAUAAUGUUGAGAUUAUAUCUAUAGAACAAGCAUUUGAAUUGUUGUAUGCCUCUAGAAAAUAUCUUCUUGAACAUUUGUCUGAGAUGUGCAUUGCCUACAUUAAAGAAAAUAUUAGUAUUGAUAAUGUGAUUGAAAUUCUCAAUUAUCCGGAAUAUUUGCAAGACAAACAACUUAUUUCAUCGUCUUUAAACUUAUUUUGCCAACAUGCAUACCAUCUUAUACAUGAAAAUGAAAUGCUAUUAUCUUCAGAAUAUUUAAAAUUAAUACUGGAACGUGAUAGAAUUAAUGUCAUGGAAAAAGAUCUUAUUAAACAUGUAUUUGAAUGGUCUCAGUAUAUCUGCAAAUUGAAUAAUAUGGCAUGUACACUUGAAAACAGACGAAAAAUAUUAAUAGAGAAUGGUAUUUUAAAAUUGUUACGAUUUUUCACAUUAUCAAUAGAUGAUUUUGAAGAGGUCAUAAAAGAUGAUAACAAUCUUCUAUUGCCAAAUGAAUCUAUUUAUAUUAUGAGAGUACUUAGGCAAUCUGAAGAUGUGAUCAGUAAUGACACAAACAAUUUACUGAAUCUAUCUCUGAUACCACGAAGUCCACUGAAAAUGCAAUGGCAAUUUUGCCAUCGCAGCCCAAUAAGACCAGUAGCUCCACUUGUUAUAGAUUCUAGUAAUUACAUUGUUACCACCCGCUUGAAAUGUAACAAAUCAAUUUUCAUUAACUCCCUAUAUAUACCCACACGAAUGAGCCCACCAAUCACAUUUAGGAAUAAUGGUCCUGAGAAAUACUCUGAGCUAUUGUGCGUAUCAAUUAUUUCAGAGUCUGAUAAUAAUGUAAUAAAACAAACAAACUUUUUGAACACUGUGCAAUAUAAUGCAUUUGUUGAUGUGGAAUUAAAUGAACCCUGUCUCAUCAAAAAAGAUGAAUGGUAUAAAAUUCGUUUUUUAUGGCCACAGCAUAGUUAUGUUCCACAUGCAUAUAUGGUGGAAUUUAGAGAUUCAGUAUAUAAAGGUUAUCAAAUCUCUUUAAAAUUUAAUGAUAUCCUAUCAGUGGGCACUGUUGGGAGGCAUGGUAGUUUUCUUGGAGGCUUAAAGUAUUGCUUGUAAAUACAUUUUCAAAAUUUCAAGUUUUUAACAUCUAUGAUUUAGGCUGGGCGUUAUAAUCGCGAUAAAUCAGUCACUCUAAUUAUUUUAUGUAAUAUAGAAAGAUGACUGUGUUUAAGGACUAUCUGUGUAAAAUGAAUGGAAUAAUAACCUAUAUGGGCUCCUACCCCAGCUAGAUUAAUUUUUAUCGAGGAAAAUUCAUAUUUUAAUAAAUACUAUGAGAUGGCAGCUAGGGAUCGAUAACGCGUUUUGUGUUCCCACUGUGCAAACAAAAAUCAGAAGAAUCAGAUUUCUUAAACGCAUCAUAAAAAACUUAUGAAAAAAAUUUAUGCGCAAUGUUUUAGCAAUUUAUAAAUAACGGACAGUUUCACAGAUUUUCAAAAGAUACUGUUGAGACGAAAUUAAUUAGUAAAUUUAGGUUUAAGGUAUUUGAGAGUAAAAUACUA